AUGAUUACUAAACAAUUAUUAUCAGAAGAAAAUUUUAAUUUACAUAUUAAUUCAAUGAUUAAUGAAGCAAAAUCCAAUGCUCCUUCAACAUUCAUUCGUCUACUUUCGUUACUUCGAGCUACAAAUCAUGGAAAUGCGAUUGUCUCAGCGUAUGGAACUAAUUAUCAAUACUUAGCUGCUGAUGAUAGUACAUUUCAGAGCAUUUUAUAUACUCAAGCAAUGAUCUAUGAUGAUAACUGUUCAUGUCAGUUAAAUUCUACUUGUAUUAUUAGUGCUUCAUUUAUCGAGAUAAAUUCGACACAACCUAUAACAAUUAAAGGUUUGAAAAUGGGUUGUACACCGAGUGAAUCAUUGUUGGCAUCAACUCUCGAAUGUUUCUAUGAUCAAUCAUGUAUUAAUCUUAUUCAAACAAUGGCAGGAUAUAGUACAUAUAUCACUCCAAUUCCUCUCAACAUAACUAAUAGUCGAUUUCUAAUGAAUAUAACUGUGAUGAAUCUUAUCAACGAUCUAUUUAUUGAAAAAUGGUCAGCAAUAAUGAAUUAUUCAUCAUAUUUUCAUAAAUGUUCACCAAUGAUCUGUUCAUAUACAUAUAUUCAACAACUGGAUUCUUUCUAUACACUAGCUUAUUUACUUGGUUUAUAUGGUGGUUUAACUAUCGUUCUCAAGUGGAUCUCUCCGAAAAUUGUUUAUUUUAUUAACAAAAUUUACCAGCGCCGAAAGAAAACAACAAACUCGAUCAAACCAAUAUCUGCUAUUGAAAGUGAAACUAUCGAAAUAAUGGACGCAAAUAAUAUCAACAAUACCACUGCAUCUUCACAAUCGUUACAGACAGUAUCAACACAUUCGAAAAGUUUAUUUUCGGUAUCAUCACAUUACUGGAUCUUUGGUUUAAUAGGGUUUAUACUUGUGGCAAUAGGCAUUCUUAUUCCAUUUAUUUAUGUUUUUCAAGAAAAAAAGAACCGUUCUGCAUCAACAGGUACGAUAUCUUUAAUGAUUUUCAUCAUCGAGUGUAACGAUAUUGUUCGUAUUCCAGAUGAAGAUAUUCAAUAUCUUAAUGAACGUUUGCAACUGAAGGAGUACAUGAAUGAAGAAGAUGCGCUCAAUACAAUUGCUGAACUCGAAAACUUUUAUACUGCAAUAAAACUUGGAAUCAAAGGUGAACCAUCGGAAAUGAUUGACAAAGCAUGGCAUGCGCAUAUUUUAAAUACUCCGAUGUAUUUCAAGUUCUCCGAAAUGGUCUUCGGUAAAUAUCUGCAUCAUUUACCAUUUUGGUCGGGUAAUAUACAGACGAGUGCUAACGCUAAUCUUGUGUCUCCAGCGAAAUCGGUCUACAACCGUCUUGAACAACUUGGUGUUCAGUACAUGAAUAAAACUGUUUGGACAUUUCGAUAUCCAAAAAUGAUGUUCAUGGAUGAUUAG